AUGGACGAUUACGACGUCCUCCUCGACUUGCCGUCUACCUCCACAUCCAUUUCAUACAUGUAUGGCGGUACAGAAUCACAAAUAGACACAUCUGCUUCUACAAGCCCGAUGCAGUCGCCAUACGAGAUACCUUACCAUGAUGCGGAGCACAGCUUCGAGCAAUUCGAUGGUUCGGGAGACUCGAACCAAUCGGAGCAACCUCAGCAACCCCCAGCAAAGCCCAAACGGAAACGAGAGAACCGUUAUAAGAAUGCGCCGCCGUCCGUUCUGUCUCGCCGAAGAGCUCAAAAUCGUGCCUCCCAAAGAGCCUACAGAGAAAGAAAAGACCAACGCAUCAAAGACCUUGAGAUUCUGCUCGGGGAAGCACAGCAAAAAAACGACGUCCUGAGCCAGGCUUAUACGGCACUACAGACGGAGUAUCUGAAGCUGAAGAACGAGCAGGACUUGGCAACAGCCCAGUACCACGCCGUCGACUUAAACUUCGACCCCACCAUGGGGACUGCAGCCCCCGUUGACAGAGUUGACAUGGAUAUGUACUUGUGUAACGACACGUCCGUCUACACCAUGUGA